CGCUCUAUAGUCCACAAUUUAUCGACCGUUGAUUUCAAAACACUGAUUUUAAGUUAGGUUAUGUUUUUUAGUAUGCGACAUGCAUAAUUAUUUUAAUAUUUUUGGCAAACUUUAUUAAGUAGUUGUGAUAAUUGUGAUCCAUAAUGAAGAGAGCAAGGACAAGUAUCACAAUCGCAAAGAAAGUGGAAGCCCUCGAGAAAUUUCAAUACUAAAAGUUGUUGAUAAUUUUUUAAAAAUUACAUUGACUAUAGUGCGACCCAAGUGUCAAAUCUGAAACCAAAUAUGGACUAUAGCGAGACUCUACUGUACUUUAUAAUUCGGGAAGCAGUUAAAUUUGAAAAAAAAAUCUGUCUGUUUGCCAUGAUUUGUCUUAGCUUUGAUGUGAUUUUGCGUUAUUAAGGCGUUUUCAUGAAAUUUACAAUUAAUAAGAGUAUGUAAACUUAAUAUGAGUAUUUAGGUAAAUAAAAUAUCGUUGCAUUUCAAACAACUUGACGCCCGAAUUUCUUUCUAAUUCAGUUGACAUUUCCGUCCCAAAUGCCCGAAUUUGAGAGAGUCUACUGUAGAGUUGCAUUGUUCUGUUAAUUUGAAUAUGUGAAUGAACAAAAAAAAAAAAACGUUGGAUUUUUAAGGGUUUCGCUUUCAAAUUUAUCAAAUUUUUCUUCUUCUUUCCUUUAGUGUUCCUUUUACAGGGGCCGAACGUCUUUUUGACAUCACGUUGUUCGAAAGCGCGUUUGCCACUGUUACUAAAAUUCGAAAUUCAGUGGAAAAUGGUGAAAAUACUCGCAUAUUUACCUAAUUAAUUGGUCUGUACUCUCAUCAGUUACUACUCCAUUGUCUCUGUGUGUUUUAUUUUACAUGUUUUUCCUCUGACAUUUGUAGAUUUCCAUAUUUAACGGUGUACAUUUUGAAUUGUUAACUGAUUAUAUCCUGACAGCUGUCAGUGCAUUUGUCUCCUUGUGACAUAUCCAAUCCAUAUUGGUUUUUCCCGGGUCAAAUGUGACAAAAAGCUGCCUCUUUCGGUGGAGGUGCGCAGAUUUUCUGACAGAUUUUUUUUCCACCCUCAAACGGCGCAUCCACCAUUGUUGUUGUGGCCGUUCCAGUGUGUAGUGUCUUAGGUGCACAAGGAGACAUUCCAAAAGAAGAAAGAAAAAAAAAGAAGGUGGAUUCAGGCUGUUUGUUUUUCUUUUUGUCUCUCUGCCAAUAAACAAUUCCCGGAUCAACCUCUAAUUCUUCCGGUGUCUUUUUGUUUUUUGAGUUUUGGUAUUCGAAAAAGUUUGCAAAGUGACAGUUUUUUUCUCUCUCAAUGGUGGUAAAAUCUUCGAGCUGUCUUACUAAGAUAUUUAACUAAGAUUUUCUUCUAAAAGGGGGUGUUUUUCUUUUUGGAUUGGCAAGAAGAAAAAAAAAAGAACUUUGUUAAGGUUAAACCGAGUGAAAGGCCAAAUUGGCAAGUGUGGCUGUCCCAGGAAGUCAUCAUUCAGAUUCCAUUCCCUUCGUGCAGUUGCUGGAAUAUUGGCUUGAGGGUGCCGGUGGUGCAUCUGGUGAGGUGUUUGUAAAAGAUUUCCAAGUGUCACCGCCAAUUAAUCACGCGUCUGCCGCCGUCGCAAUGGCUGCCCCGGCGGCCUGUACGCGCUUCUCUGACAACUAUGACAUCAAGGAGGAAUUGGGAAAAGGAGCGUUUUCAAUAGUCAAGAGAUGCGUUCAGAAGUCAACGGGUUUGGAAUUUGCCGCCAAAAUUAUCAACACGAAGAAACUGACAUCACGUGACUUUCAGAAACUCGAAAGAGAAGCCAGGAUUUGUCGGAAACUUCAGCAUCCCAAUAUAGUUCGACUCCAUGACAGCAUACAAGAGGAGAAUUAUCACUAUUUAGUGUUUGAUCUCGUGACAGGUGGCGAAUUGUUCGAGGACAUUGUGGCACGAGAAUUCUACUCAGAAGCCGAUGCAUCGCACUGCAUUCAGCAGAUACUGGAAUCUGUCAAUCACUGCCAUCAAAAUGGCGUUGUCCAUCGCGAUCUCAAGCCGGAGAAUUUGCUGCUGGCGAGCAAGGCGAAGGGAGCCGCCGUGAAGUUGGCUGACUUUGGACUGGCGAUCGAGGUGUCGGGUGAGCAGCUGGCGUGGUUCGGUUUCGCCGGAACACCCGGCUACCUGUCACCCGAGGUGCUGAAGAAGGAGCCCUACGGCAAGUCCGUUGACAUUUGGGCGUGUGGUGUCAUCCUCUAUAUCCUGCUCGUUGGCUAUCCACCUUUCUGGGACGAGGACCAGCACAGACUGUACUCGCAAAUAAAGGCUGGUGCCUAUGAUUAUCCAUCGCCCGAAUGGGACACAGUAACACCAGACGCAAAGAAUCUCAUCAAUCAGAUGCUGACAGUUAAUCCACAUAAGCGCAUCACAGCCAGCGAAGCUCUCAAACAUCCAUGGAUUUGCCAACGCGAAAGAGUCGCUUCAGUUGUUCAUCGACAGGAGACCGUUGACUGUCUCAAGAAAUUCAACGCGAGACGCAAACUAAAGGUUGCAAUUCUCACCACAAUGCUGGCUACCAGAAAUUUUUCGAGCAAAAGCAUGAUCACUAAAAAGGGCGAAGGAUCCCAGGUGAAGGAAUCCACUGACUCUAGUACAACUAUCGAAGAUGAUGAUGUUAGAGAAGAUAAAAAGGGAGGCGUUGAUCGCAGCUCAACCGUUAUUGCCAAAGAUCCUGAAGCACCUCCAUCGCCGACAGCGCCACAAACUGAUCAGCCACAGCGCCUCCAAAAUCUCGUGGCGGCCACUGUAACUAAAGGUGGACAGAGACCCGGUGCCGAAUUGCUUCAAUCUGUUCAAGCUCGACGCCAGGAAAUAAUUAAAAUGACAGAGCAAUUAAUUGAGGCAAUCAACAAUGGUGAUUUCGAUGCGUACACAAAAAUUUGUGAUCCACAUCUAACUGCCUUUGAACCUGAAGCACUGGGCAAUCUUGUUGAAGGGAUGGAUUUUCACAAGUUCUACUUUGAAAAUGUUCUUGGGAAAAAUUGUAAGGCAAUCAAUACAACAAUCCUCAAUCCACAUGUUCAUUUGCUGGGUGAAGAUGCAGCUUGCAUCGCCUACGUUCGACUGACACAGUACAUUGACAAACAAGGACACGCACAUACACACCAAUCAGAGGAGACCAGAGUGUGGCACAAGCGCGACGCCAAGUGGCAAAAUGUUCAUUUUCAUCGCAGCACUGCGACUAACAAUUUGUCCGGUGGAUCACCAUUUUUUUUCAAUCCCAAAUAAAGUGACUUUUGGGGAUUUGAAAAAGAAUAAAUAACAACAAGAAACGGAACAAAUGAGAAUUUGGGAAUUAUAAAAAAAAAAUGGAUAUGGAAAAGAAUCGUGAAUUGUAGAGUUUUGAUUAAGAGAAUUUACAACAGAAAAAAAAUGAAAAGAAAAAUUGGUGAAGGGGAUAAAUGGAAUUAAGAAAAUGGCUCUCUAGAGAAAAGAAAAGAUUGUUUUGAAGUUUUAUUUUUUAUUUUGAUAGAAAACAAAAAAAAAAGGAAUAUGCUAAGCAAGGAAGAAAUCGAUAAAAAAAAAUAUCACUCUGCUAGUGUCCUCUUCUCAAAGUCUUGACAAAAGAUGGAGAUUGACAGUUGUAACGGACUUCUGUGGCUUUCUUACUUAUUGCAUUAAAUUUGUCAAGUUAAAUUGAAUCUGAAUUUUAGGAUUUCGUGGAUAAAAAUUUAAAAGAAUUAAUAAAUAAAAUAAUAAUAAAAAAAAGUAUAUUUAAAACAAAAAGGUUUAAAAAGAGAGUGAGACUGUCAGAGAGAAAGCUAAUCUUUGUGACAUUUCCUUGGUGGAGUUCUCGGGCUUGAGAUGUGUACCAUUUCUUGAGUCAAAGAAGAAAAUCAAUGAAAUUAAUACCUAUCUUAAAGGAUAUAAAAGAAAAUGAUGAAGAAAACAUUAACUAUAGUAAACAUUGUAAGGACAGAGAAAAGAAAAAAAAAAACAGAAAAUAAACAAAAAAAAAAUUUAGGUUAUAUCCAAAAAAAAAAAAACAA